UUACAAAACCAAGCCGCAUUCAUUCCUAGCUACAGAACACUUGCCCGAACAACACGAUCGAUCUCGUACUGCCCAACACCCACGAGACAAGCAACCAACCAAGCAAGAUGCCGGUCUCAGUGGUUCCCAGAGACGUCGUACAGGCCAUCGACGGCAGCCAAGGCGUCGACUUUGCUACCGCCGUCCCCAAAUGUCCUCCCACGGCCGAGCGUCCCCAAGCACCCGACAUUGACGCCAUCAUCGACAAGCCUAGCAUCGCUCGCGCGAACCUGGCCGUCUCGACCGAGCAGCCCGAAGGCAGUCCCGAAUAUGUCGAUACCCUGAACCUCAAGGACUACACCGUUCUCCAACAACACUGCAUGUUCUGGGACCGCGACGGCGACGGCCAGAUCUGGCCCCAAGACACCUUCACGGGCUUCCGCGAACUCGGCUUCAACCUCUUCUUCUGCCUGCUAUCCGCGCUGAUCAUCAACCUGGGCUUUUCGUACCCGACCCGUCUCGCCUUCUCCUACUUCCCCGACUCCUUUUUCCGGGUAUACCUCCCAUCGAUCCACAAGGCCAAGCAUGGCUCGGACUCGGGCACGUACGAUAAGGAAGGCCGGUUCGUGCCGCAGGCGUUUGAGGACAUGUUCAGCAAGUGGGACAAGGGCGGCAAGGGCGCGCUGUCGGCGGGCGAGCUCUGGAAUAUGAUAGCGGCGAACAGGCUCGUUGUGGACCCGUUUGGUUGGGCUGCGUCUGUCUUUGAGUUUGGGGUGACGUGGUUGUUGGUGCAGCAGGAUGGGAAGGUGGAUAAGGAGGAUUUGAGGAGGAUUUAUGAUGGUUCGAUGUUCUGGAAAAUCAGAGACGCCUACCGCUCCAACAAGGGAUGGAACAAGGGCUUCGGCCUUCGCGACUUCAUCGGCCUGGGCCGGGAGCAGCUGGCUAAGAACAGGAGCAGGUUCCCGUUGUUGGACGGCGUUGUGAGCCAGGUCGAGAAGACGUUUCCGCAUAAGUUGCGCAGGGCCUAAACACACCAGAACAGGCAUGACCGGACAAACCUCGCUGCUCAUCAUAACGAACCUAGACAUACCAGCAUUACCUAGAUCCUAGAAGCAUUACAGAAUCAUGAAUACGACCAACAGCAUACGCAUUGCCGUUCCGGUAGCAUUGUACCGCACUUUAUGAGGCGGGGUCGUGCCGUCGUUGCAAUAUUGACCCGUCGAUGAAGCCGUUGAUAAUAACCGGCAGGAACCAUG